UCUCCUACGUCCGCGAAGCAGACUCGGCAAUAUCGCGCAUAAUAACAUAUAUCUAUAUAUAUGUAUAAAAUAUAUAUAGAUGUGCGAGUGUACUGUGUGCGUGUACCUAUACAUAUAGUCGCGUUCGCGUACUGUACAGUCGCUGCUACACUGGCUACAUACUACGACUAGCAGUACUUGUACUUGGCGUGGUGUCAGCGAGCCAUACAUGCAUAUUCCAUAAGAAUUAGUGGUUAGUGUAACGUUGGCGGCGCGCGUCGUUCCUUGUCAUUUCUACUGUACGCCACGGCGCAUUCGGAUUUCUGCUGCUGCAGUGCCCCCGAGAGCUGCACGCGCUUCAAUCCAACAACAUGAUCUGUAUUGGAGCGACGACGAUGUGUCGUUGAUGCUCGCGAACCUCGACUCUGCCAACUCAUUGUUGCCAUCUCCAAAGACAACGACCAACGACGACGAAUACAAACUUGCCCCUCUGCUGUACUGCUGCUGUGAUCGUGCAGCUUAUACGAGAAGCAGCCCCUGCCACGAGAGCACAACGAAAAUAAACCCUGCAGUGGUUGUUGCGAGCCUGUGUAUUGUGCCGCUCUGCAUUUUCUUAUACAGCAACGAGGUACACGUCUAUGUGUGCAGUGUAUAUGCGUGAGUUAUAAUCUCGAGCGAGCGCGUGUGCUUUCUCUCAACGUAUAUAGCCAGUCUGUGCGUGCGCGAAUCGUUGUGCAAUUUUCAUACUUCGAAUAGUAUCUCUCUCUCUUGAGUCUUGGUGUGUCGUUGCUGCUGCUGCUGCUGCUGCUGCUACUGUUUCUGUUGUUGUUUGUUCGCGUUUCGUACGCUAUGAUCGGAAAUAGAUACAUAAAACUGGAGAAAAUGUCCAGUGCUUGUCUCAAAGUGUAGUUUUUCACGUCGCGUUUACGGCAUAAUAUUUUUCAUGCGAAUUUAUCAACUGUGCUGUGCACGAUGCGACGACGACUCCUAAGGAUCAUCGAGCGAAUGCAACAACGAGAUCACGAACGCAGCGUGCCAGCAGCAUCUUAUUAUACCAAUACUACUACUACAUCGGCGUUUGCAAGAGGACGCUUCGUUGGAUGUAUGCGUCAACGACGUUUAGAUCCAAGUGAUAGAAAGUGACAAUAAUUAUCAGGAUGGAGAACGGACAGCAGCAGCGUCCUCCGGGUGGCGGCGGUGGACUGCAGAUAACGAAGAUGGACAUUUUGCGCGCCUCGGAGGUACUGCCGCUACUGCAGGAGCGUCUGGCCAUACUGCCGGGAGGUCGCGAUCGCCGUGGCGGCCUGCUCUUGCUGUUCCCGUCCUCUGCCAGACGAGAGCGUGCCAAACCCGAGGACUACAGGCGACUGUUGCAGUACCUCACAGCAAUACCUACAGACGAAGACCGAAAUCUCAGGUUCACCGUCGUUGUCGAUAUGCGAGGUGCUACCUGGGACAUCGUCAAGCCCAUUUUCAAGGUACUGCACGACCACUUCCACCACUCGGUCUACGUGGCCUUCCUCAUCAAGCCCGAGAACUUUUGGCAGAAACAAAGGACCUCCUUGGCCAAACAGAAGAAGUACAAUUUCGAGAUUAAUACGGUUAAUUUAGAAGCGCUAGCUAGAAACAUAGACCCCUCGCAAUUGCCCGUGGAGCUGGAUGGAUCGCUUCAGUACGAUCAUGGCCAGUGGAUCGACAUUCGUUUAGCUGUAGAAGAAUUUACUUGGCAGGCUACCGACAUGCUUGAUAGGCUCGAUGACCUCCAAGAGGAUCUAAGCCGUAACGACUUUGCCGACGACGCCAGCGGCGCCAAACACGGCAUCGAUUUACACAACGAAAUGAAAAAAAAAAUCCUCAGCGUAACUGUCGACGAUAUCGGAGCACUAGGAAAUCGAUUGCUGCAACGUUUCAACAUCAACAUCAACGGUGGCGAAAGCAGCAGUAGCUUGGAAUCCGGUGCUACUGGUGGAUCCGAGUCAGACGGACGAGAUGUCGCCAAUCUCGUUCUUCAACAUCUGGAAUCCGUCAACGCCGCUCAGCAACAUCUGCUGCAGCUUUGGCACAUAAAAAAGCUCAAGCUCGAGCAGUGUUUUCAGCUAAGGAUGUUUGAGCAAGACUGCGAGAAAAUGUUCGAGUGGAUCUGUCGCAAUCGAGAAAAUUUCCUCUCCAACUAUGUCGAGAUUGGACGCUCUUAUCAACUUGCAAAAGGUCUGCAAGAGGACCACAAGCACUUCGCCGUGAAUUCCAUGAACAUGUACGUAAACAUUAACAAAAUCUUGACGAUGGCCAGUCGCCUUCUGGAAUCGCAGCAUUACGCGGCGGGUCACGUGCGUGCCGUGGCUGGCCGACUGGACCGAGCCUGGAAAGAAUUUGCCGCUGGCUUGGACGAGCGCACGGCCGUUCUGCAGCUCAGCGUCGUCUUCCAUCACAAAGCUGAGCAGUACGUCGACAACGUCUCGGGCUGGAGCCAGGCCUGCGAUGCCACCAACUUGCCGCAGGAAAUUCCUGUACUCGAAUCUUGCAUACGCCAGCAUCAGUCACUUUACGAAGCUAUGUGCCAGGCGUACACUGAGGUUUAUAAUGCAUAUCAGUCGCUAUUGAGUGGACUAGGCAAGAUGUUGCAAGUUUGUCACAGCGCGAACGCAGUCAUUGGCUCGUCAGAAGAAUACGUGCAUAGUACGAGUAAGAAGCUGCUUUACCAGCUGGAUCAUCUCGUGCAAGUUUGUAACCAACCCCAGGGAAUAGACCACGUGGCGAGAAAACACAGUCAAGACGGCCGCGUGAUGGAUGGCCGAGGCGGCAUAACUGGCAAUCCAGCAGCCGAUUACAGCGAAGGUGCCUCGCACGUUUUAGCCGUCAUUCAUCAGAUUCUCGGACAUCAUCGGGCACUCGAAGCUCGCUGGCAUGCUCGGAAAAUAAAGUUGCACCAACGGUUGGGGCUCAGAUUAUUUCAAGAAGAUGUAAAACAGGUGCUCGAGUGGCUGACCAAUCACGGCGAAGCCUUCAUCCGCAAAAAUACGGGAGUUGGUCGGAACUUGCAGAAGGCUCGAGUCUACCAGAAGAGCCACGAGCACUUUGAGAACGUAGCCCAGAACACGUAUACGAAUGCGUCGAAAUUACUCAGUGCCGCCGAGGAGUUGGCGCACACAGGCGAGUGUGCCCCCGAUGAAAUUUACGCCGUUGCCCAGGAGCUCGAGGCUCAUGUAAGCAGUUUCGCCGCCAGAGUCGAGCAGCGCAGAAGAAGAUUGGAUCUUGCCGUAGUUUUUUACACCCACGAAAAAGAGUUAUCCGGAUGGGUGGAUGAGCUACGCCAGGAGUUACAGCAGAACGAGAUCGCGGAGAGUCUUGAAACUGCUGAGCGCCUAUUAGAGCAAUGCGCGCAGCACAGAAGCUCGUGUCUCGAAGCCUGCGCAUCGACCAUAGCCCAGGGCGAGGCUCUACUACAAGAGCUGCGAGAAUCUACCGAAAUGCCCGACACUACUGGCUCGAUCGCUGCAGUUGAAGCAGCCUUAGACAGACUCGCUGGUCGACGACAAGAACUCGAGGAACUUUGGGCAACGAGGAAGCUUCGAUUUGAACUUUGUCUAAGACUUAGAGUUUUCGAGCGCGAUGCGUUAGAAGUCAGCGGUCAGUUGGAAAUGUGGGCAGAAGAAAUGCAAACAGCACCUCGUGAUGGUUCACCAGAUCAAUUAUUACGAGCUCACAACGAUAGUGUGCUUCAUAUACAGAACACUGCAUUUCAAGUUAUGCAGCAAGGGCAAGAGCUAGCUCAGGUACUCGAACAAGCUGGAGUUUGUAUUAUGGCUGAUGGACAACAUACAGCCGCUAAUCGAGUUCAAAUUCUAUUAGAAUUUUUGAAUGAACGAGAAAUGGAUGCCGAAGAAUUAGCUGAAAUGCGUCGUCAACGUCUUGAGCAAUCUGCUCAGCUUUUACAAUUACAGCAAGACGCGACUCAUGUGGCUAACUGGAUAAGAAAUGGAGAACAAAUGUUGCUAGCGUCUUUACGAAUACCUGAAAAUUUACAAGAUGCCGAGCAGUUAAGACAUGAACACGAACAGUUCCAAGUUGCCAUUGAAAAAACUCAUACAUCAGCUGUACAGGUAAAACACCGAGCAGAUGCUCUAAUAAGCGCAAAUCAUUACGAUCCCAAAAGUAUUAGAGAAGUAGCUGAGGAUGUAACUAAACGAUGGCAACAAUUAGUCACCUGUGCUGAAGAGCGCCAUAAACUUGUCACGGCCAGUAUUAAUUUCUACAAGACUGCUGAACAGGUGCGAUCUGUGCUUGAUAGUCUAGAACGCGAGUACAAACGCGACGAAGACUGGUGUAUGGGUGGUGAAAAAGCCGCUCAGGUACCAACUCUCGUUAACAAGCAUCAAGAGCAAAAAGAGGCAUUCCUCAAAGCAUGCACUCUCGUCAGACGAACCGCCGAGACAUUCCUUAAGUACACUAAUCGUAGUUUACAGUUCUACAGUUAUCAGAUUACCAGUACUAGUUCAGAAAGUAAAGUUAAAUGUAUUUUGGAAGAGCUACUAUGUAAGGAGAAUAAGGUGCUUGACAAUUGGACGCAGCGGAAAAAACGCCUCGACCAGUGUCAUCAAUAUGUAUUAUUUGAACGCAGUGCUAAGCAAGCUCUUGAGUGGAUCAGUGAGACUGGUGAAUUAUAUCUUGCCACCCACGCUAGUGCUGGCCGCAAUAGAGCUGAAAAUGAGCAGUUGUUGCUUGAACAUAACGAAUUCAAGGGAUCAGCUAAGGAAACGCGAGAAAGAGUAAAAUUACUCAUACAACUUGCCGACAAUUUAGUUGAGAAAGGUCAUGCACAUGCAGCAGCAAUCAAACAAUCUGUUGCAGAAGUAGAUCAAAGGUACAAAGAUUUUAGCAUGCGAUUAGACUGCUACAAAACUUCAAUCGAAGACGAUGUAGAAGUACAGUCAGAUGAGGGUCCAAAAGAAAUAACUAUAGAUAGAAAUUCAGAUCCUCUCCUAGAAGACAAAAUUAAAGGCAAGGAUCUAAAGGAACUGAAUGAAGAAAAACGCAAGUCUGCUAGGCGUAAAGAAUUUAUUAUGGCCGAGCUUUUACAAACAGAAAGAACGUAUGUUAAGGAUUUAGAAACUUGCAUUAGAUGUUUUCUAGAAGAAACGAAAAAUGGUAAAAAUAAUGUACCGUCAGGCCUUCAAGGACGUGAAUCAAUAAUAUUUAGCAAUAUGAAAGAAAUCUAUAAGUUCCAUAAUGAUAUUUUUCUUCGUGAACUCGAAAAAUAUGAAACAAUGCCUGAAGAUGUUGGUCAUUGUUUUGUUACUUGGGCUGCCAAAUUCGAUAUGUAUGUGACGUACUGUAAAAAUAAGCCAGAAAGCAAUCAAUUAUUAGUUGAGCACGGAGGAAAUUGGUUUGAAGACUUACAAAGAAAGCACAAAGUCGAACACCCGAUCGCUGCUUAUUUAAUUAAACCUGUGCAGAGAAUCACGAAGUAUCAACUGUUACUCAAAGAUCUUCAGGCGUGCUGCCAGGAAGGUCAAGGUGAAAUAAAAGAUGGUCUCGAAGUAAUGCUGAAUGUGCCUAAAAAAGCAAACGAUGCCUUACACUUGAGUCUUCUAGAAGGCUGCGAUGUCAGUAUAGAUGCCCUUGGGGAUGUAGUUUUACAGGAUCCCUUUACAGUCUGGGAUCCCAAACAGUUGAUUAGAAAAGGCCGAGAGCGACAUAUUUUCUUGUUUGAGCUUUAUUUACUAUUCAGCAAAGAAGUUCGUGACUCUAGUGGCAAAGUGAAAUACAUUUAUAAAAGUCGAUUAAUGACAUCGGAAUUGGGCGUGACUGAGCACAUCGAGGGAGAUGAGUGUAAAUUUGCUGUCUGGACCGGCAGAGCACCGACGAACGACACACGCGUUGUUUUACGUGCCAAUUCUCUAGAAUCGAAACAGCAGUGGGUUAAACGACUGAGAGAAGUGAUUCAAGAGACGUACUUUAGUCUUAGCAUGCCGAAGAGUCCAGCUAAAAAGAGUUCGAGUCAACGAUCGAGUCGUGAUCUUGAGGAGUGCGCUUCGUUGAAUGAUAGCGUUGAAAACUUGGAUAGAAAUUCCCUUGCUUCAUUUGGAUCAACUAAUACUACAGAUUCGGAUAAGACGGCGGUAACAGAAAUGACGUGGGUCGUGGCAGAUCACUCGGCAGCUCCGGGCUCGCGCGAACUCAGCGUCAGCAAGGGACAGCAGGUCGAGGUGCUGGAAAACGGCGGCAGCGGAAGUGGUGUCGAAUGGACUCUGGUGAGAUUGGCCCAGACGCCGGGGCAAAGCGAGCCCCCGGCUGAAGGUUUAGUGCCAACGAGCGCACUUAAACAGCCACCGGCAGCUGCUUGCAAGACUUCGCCAUCGAAAAAGCCACCGUCAAUGCCGCAGGCCUGCGGCGCCACUAUGGCCCAGCAAACUUCUCUCAAUGCCGACGAUGAAAUCAUCGGUAACGAUGGAUCGGCGAACACUAGUUCACCUGGCAACAAGAGACGUGGAUUCAGUGGUUACAGACGAAAAUGGCUGCCACCACCAUUACGCAAAUUAAGUCAAAGUAAAGGGGAUAAAACAUCGACUGACCGACCGCCACCACCACCACCUCCUCCGCCACCUUCGUCUGGUGUCACGAAGAAAAGUGGCCUCGAUAAGCUAUUCAAGCUGCCGAGCUCUGGUGACAAAUCGUCGUCCUCGUCGCAAGCUCAAAUUUCCGCGAUCUCGUCCUCCCCGGGCAGCGUGCUAGCCAGCAGUGCUUCCUCGAGGCAGAGCAGCGGUGAAGGUACCGCGUCUGCAGCCACUCCUAUUCCAACCCCGACGGCCACCACGACCAUUAGUAGUGACGAAAUUAGUCGAUUGCCUGAGCAGAAUGGAGCCGAGGACGUCGAGGACGAACAGCUCGAACUGCCACCGCCCAUGAAACCAAUUACCGAACCUAUGAUGGUUUCCGGUACACCUAGCACCACAGCUGGUGACGAACUGCCUGGUCCAUUGACGACGGAGACGAUAAAGUCAUUGGAUGGAUCCACUAGCAUAGCAGAAAUUGAGCAGAUAGUCAAAGAAAAAAUGGAGCAACAUACGGAAAAUCGCGAAAGAAUCAGCAGCACGAGCAGUGGAAGCCAGCAGCAGUCGCAGGUAUUGAAAUCAUCUUCGUCCGUGCAAGGCACUGAGUCGCCAGUUUUGGGCGCAUCGACAGAAACAGACGAACCUACGUCGUCUAGUGGCAGCGAUGAUCCCGAAACUACGGCACUGACCAAGCGGCAGUUCGUCAUACGUGAAUUAGUUGAAACUGAGCGUGAUUACGUCAACGAUCUGCGCCUUAUUGUCGAGGGAUACAUGGCCAUGAUGCGUAAUCCGGAUAAUGAGAUUCCUUUGCCAGAAGAUCUCAAGGGUGGCAAGGAUAAAAUGGUGUUUGGCAAUCUCGAAGCUAUCUACGAGUGGCACAGAGAUAUUUUCCAAAAAUCCCUUGAGCACUGCCUCCAGCGACCCGAGGAACUUGGCCCUUUGUUCAAACGUCACGAACGAAAAUUGCACAUGUACGUUGUGUACUGUCAGAACAAGCCGGUCUCGGAGUAUAUCGUAUCCGAAUACAUCGACACUUACUUUGAGGAUCUACGUCAAAAACUAGGACAUAGGUUGCAACUGUGUGAUCUUCUAAUAAAGCCUGUACAGAGGAUCACAAAAUAUCAAUUGUUACUUAGAGAAGCUCUCAGGCUAACAGAACGAACUCGAAGACAUUCAGAAAUUGAAGGACUGAAAGCAGCUACAAAAGUAAUGCGAAUUAUCCCCAAAGCUGCUAACGAUAUGAUGGAUGUUGGCAGACUGCAAGGUUUCGAUGGAAAAAUCACAAGUCAAGGAAAGCUUUUGUUACACGGACCUUUGAUGGUUGCGGAACUGUCCUCCAUGCCAAGUCGAGGUCGAGAAUGGCAAGUUUUUCUAUUCGAGCAAAAUAUCAUAUUUAGCGAAGCAGUUGGAAAAAAGACACAAUUCACAAAUCCAGCCUACAUUUACAAAGCUCAUAUCCAGGUAAAUAAAAUGAUCCUCGAAGAUUACCCUGAAGAUCCGGAAAAGUUCAUCAUUCGCUCGACAGAUGUUAAAACACCUCUUGCUUUUGUGUGCUAUUGUGGUGCGGUAACAAAUGAAGAUAGUGCAGCAGGUAUCGGUAGUAAUCGCCAAGAAUGGGUCGACCAGAUGACCUCAAUUCUUCAAACGCAACGUGAUUUCCUCAAGGCGUUACAAUCGCCUAUCGCCUACCAAAAGGAACUUACCAAAGAUCCACUCAGUCGUGGCAGCUUCACAGCGACCGAUUCUCUGCUGCCAUCGAGUCGUCUAUCAGCUAUCAACCAAACAAGCGGUCAGUCAGCAAGACGAGAAUCAACGGCGUCGGUUUCAUCGAGCAGUGUCAGUAAUUCAUCUAGAAAACAGCAACAUCAGGUGCAGCGCUCGCGCACUGGUGGACCUCUGGAUCCAGCUGAGCCACCGCGCACCCCGAGUCCGUCCAAGAGCAAACUUAACUUUCUCGAGGGUUUCAGGAACACGCUGAGGGCUCGUUCACCUGUGCGCAUUGGAACCGUGCCGGUAGCUCCAGGUGCUCGCGUCCGUCUAUCCGCAGACUGGGGUGCUUUGCGAACCGGCGACGAAGUCGUCGUAAAACGCCUCGAAGGUAAUGGGCUGGUCGUCCAUCAGAGCGAAACUCCAAAACAAGAACACUGGAUUCCGGCUAGCCUAAUUCCCAAUUCUGCAGUGAGCCGUGCCUGGUCAUUCCGACCUCGCAAGGCUAAUUCCGAUCGGUUGAGUGUUGCAGACGCUAUUCCACCGUCAUCUAGCACUAAACAUUUGGUAUCGCCGAGUAUUUCUAGCGCGCCUACGCCUAUUAAAGUGAACUCGGGCGAAGUCGCCAGACUCGCUGUUCAGGUUUCGCAGGCCGAGGGAGCUGUGGUUGUUUGGCGACGCGAUGGCGAAGAUAGGAAUAUCGUGGAAAAUGGCAGGUACCGACAGCGUCAAAGCGCCGGUUUCUUUUACCUGGAAAUAACGAGAUGCCGACCAUCCGAUUCUGGUUUCUAUUGCUGCAGUAUCCAAUGCGAAAAUGGCUCCUGCUCGGCAAGGAUAUGUCUCAACGUAAACGGUGGUACAGGUACAACCUGGGCGCGAGUGAUUGAUUCGACCCGCAUCGAAAUCGACUGGGAGGCCGAGGAGGUCGGCAGAUGCGACGUUGAGUACCGCUCCAUGCCUUCCACCAAUUGGACCACGGCCUUGGAGGACAUCGAGGUACCACCGGUGAUACUGGACUUGCUGCCCGGAGCGAGCUACAGUUUCCGGGUUGUCAGCAAGGCCACCCGAAUAGCUACUACGACCUCUUCGAUCGUCCAUCUACCAUUGGGUGACGGCACAGCUUGGGAAGCAGAACAGUUUGUCGCGAGAUAUCUCGAAUUGGAUGAAAUUGGUAAGGGCCGAUUUGCUACUGUGCGGCGAGCUCGCGAUCGCGGUACUGGACAGGAAGUCGCCCUCAAGCAAACACCCCGACCAAAACAGUCGCGCUCGCUGACCCGCGCUGAAUACGAAUUGUUGGCUUCGACGCAUCACGGUAACAUCGUUCGAGCUUUUGCUAUGUUCGAGAAUGCUCCGAUGUUUGGAGUCGACACUAUUGUUUUAGAACUCAUAAGAGGACCAAUGUUAUUCACUUAUUUAAGCAGAAAAACAGAAUAUACCGAAAGUACAGCUAGUAAAUUUGCCAACCAACUAUUUUCUGCCCUUCAAUGGUUGCAUCAGAGAGACCGGGCUCAUUUAGAUCUGAAGCCCGAAAAUGUACUUGUCGAUCAAGAGACAGGUAUCAUUAAGCUUAUCGAUCUUGGUGAAGCAGUUCGUCGACCCGUCGAUGAAGUUGUUCCACCAGCUGAUCUCGAGUUUGCUGCUCCUGAAUCUGUAUUAGGAAGACCAGCCGGGCCUUACACCGAUAUGUGGGCCGCUGGCGUUUUCGUCUAUGUAUUAAUCAGUGGACUAUCGCCAUUCCUGGAUGACUCGGUUGAAGAGACAACGACAAAUAUACUCAAGUGCGACUUUUGCUUCCCCGACGAGUACUUCGAGUCAAUUACAAACGAGGCAAAAGAUUUAUUGCGCAGUUUGCUGUGUAUGCGCAUAGAGGAACGCGCAUGUGCUGCAGUCGCUCUCACUUCUCCAUGGUUCAAGAUAUCCAAAGGUGCUACCAUACCAUCGAGGCGGAUGGCCGCGUUCACCGAGCGCCGAGCGCUCUGUCCAAAGUCGCACCAGGAGCAUCGCAGUACCCCAUUCUACACAUAAAAAUACACUCGACGAUCAUAAUUUUAACUUGUAAUUCAUUUUUUUUCAACAGAUGCGAUAUUAUCGUUUUUAAGCAGAUUAAUAAAAUAUAUAUACGAUUAAAAUGUAAUUUUUAGGAUUGAUCUUAAUGUAAAUACAGAUUAUAAUAUGAACGUGUACCUAUUUCAAUGAUGUAAAUCGAUCAGUUACUUAUAUAAUAUACAUUUUAUUUCAUUCCA